CCUUUGCAGGCAACUGCACUCAAAAAUAGAACAAAAAUUAAAUCUUCUAAAGGUCCUCACUCCACUCCUCAAUCCUUUUAUAGAUUUUUAUUAGCUUAUUUUAAUUAAAAUUCCAGCUGUAGCUUUUAGAAUAUCAAUUUCUCAGAGCUAAUAUUUACUAGUGAUACUAACACUGUGCUACGAGUGUUUGAUUUUUCGUAUAAUUACGACGUAACUGAAAUGGAAGAAAAUUCAUCGAGUGACGACGAAAUGAAAACACCGUUGAGACCCCAAUUAGGUGGAAAAAAGAUUAAACUGAACGAUGGUAGCUCUCAAGAUAGUUUAAAAGAAUCGGAUGCUUUAGCUUCUGGGAGUAAGGACGAACCAGAAGAAAACGUAGAUAGCGGAUUGUCGGCCGAUAAGUCUGAAAGUACAAGUAACGAUGACAAGGUCGAAAGUCUAGUGACAAUGGGACCAAUGAACGAAGUUGUUUCAGUUGCACCUUCCAGCAGUAACGUAAGGACCAUCCUUUUGAAUAUCCGCAGACCACGUCGAAGUAGGAAUUAUAGGAAGCGAAAGACCCCAGGUGCAGAUUCAGACAGUAACACUUCGAGGGAUUCUGAUGAUUUGUCCGGUGAUGAAAAUCAAGAUAGGACAAUUGAUAAUAUCCUUUCCGAUGAGGACAGCAAUUCCGAAUUGUCAGAAGAAUCACAUAGUGUUACAACCAGUACUAGCAGUUCUGCUGUAGAGACUGAUGAGGAUAACCUCAGGUCGGACAGUGAUGACAGUCCAUGGCUGAGAAUGGAUGAGGAAGAGGAAACUGGAAAGAAACCAUCAGUGCUCUCAAAAACUAGACCAAAACAUUCAUAUAUUAUUUUAAGAGAGAUAAUAAAUAGGGAGAUGGGCUUGACAUUUCCUUAUGGCAAAAAGGUACAAGAUGAUGUGAUUUUUGAGCAAAAGUUUUAUGGUUCUCUACAUGCUGUAUAUAGAAUGGAAUAUUUGCAUAAUUUAAUUAAACAUAAGGGAUGUGUUAAUUCAAUAAAUUUUCAUCCAGAAGGACGUUUACUGGCAUCUGGGUCUGACGAUACACAUGUGAUUGUUUGGGACUGGGCUAAAAAGAAAGUCUUACAGAAUAUUAAGACUGGUCACAAAUCUAAUGUAUUCCAAAGCAAAUUCCUGUAUCUGAAUGCUGAUAGUCAAAUUAACCUAGCAACAUGCGCUAGGGAUGGUCAGGUACGUCUGAUCCAAGCGGGCGGAUCCGGCGGCACAUCCCGCCGGCGUAUAGCUGCACACUCGCGCGCCGCACACAAGCUGCACGUGAGCGCCGCCGAGCCGCACGUCGUGUUGUCCGCAGGCGAAGACGGCCUCGUUCUCCGUGCUGACGUCCGCCAUGAUAGACCCAGCAAAUUGAUCCACGUCCGUCAGUCUGGCAGCUUCAUCCCGCUGUACAGCGUGGCUGGUCACCCGCUGUGCUCCCACGAGCUGCUGCUGGCCGGCCGCGACCGCUUCCUCCGAGUGUACGACACGCGACACCCCCUCAAACCCCUCGCUAAAUACUGCCCCGGAGAGUUCUUGGACUCCAUGGGCAAAAAGAAGAAGCCAAUGCAUUUGACGUGCGCUAUUUAUAACCACGACGGCUCGGAGAUACUAGGUUCCUACAACGAUGAAGACAUUUACUUAUUCGACGCUAAAAAGGAUAUUCAUGAUGAAGACUCAAACGACGGCAAAGACGGUUACACGCAUCGGUAUAGCGGCCACCGUAACAGUGCUACAUACAAGGGCGUCGCAUUCUUCGGGCCCAAGAGCGAGUACAUCGUGUCCGGCUCCGACUGCUCCAAUAUCUACAUCUGGGAGAAGAAGUCCGAGGCGAUAGUGCAGUGGAUGGAGGGAGACGUACAUGGUGUGGUAAAUUGUAUCGAGUCGCACCCUAGGUUCCCUGUAAUGGCUACCAGUGGUCUAGACAAAGAUGUCAAGAUUUGGAUUCCGAAACGACAACAGGACCCCGACUAUGCCGGAUUAGAAAAAGUGGUACGUGAAAAUAGCGUCAAAGCUCAGGGGUGUAGCUUCAAAGAUUUUUUACCUACGUUCUAUAGCGCGUUCCCCACUGAUCGAGACGAUGACCCGCCCUAUGGAGGAAAUAUUGAGUUCGAAGGAAACGUGUGCACGGCCUUUUAGCACCGCCUUACUUAUUAAAAUUUAUAUCGAUAUAAAAUCGAUUACAUACUUAGAAUCGAUUUUGGUUGUCUCAACUUAAAGAAGAUUGUUGAACUUAUUCAUACCCAUUCGAUUUACAUUCGUAGAAUUGAUUUUUAUCAAGACAUUUUCAGACACAUAGAAACUGUAGUGAUAAAAAUUUAAAAUAUGAUUUUAUGUCUAACAAUGAUUAAUAUAACAUCUAAGUAGUUUUCCGAAUAAGAUUUUUGUUUUAUCAAAAAGUACGCAACUAUUUUAUUCUAUUCCUAGACAGUUUGUUUUGGAACAGAAUAAAAUGGUUCAUGUUGCCUUUCUUUCUUUGAAAUAUUUCAAUUAAUAUGUUAUCGUAAUUUAGUUUCAUUUAUAUAGUUUUAUCAUAGUAUGUAUGUAAAUAUCUGUGUAACAUUGUAGAUUUACUUUGCCCGUUUACUAAUCAAAAUAUUAACACACCGAAUAACUAUACAUACAAACUUGGCUGUUUUUGUCAGACCUAUUUGAAAAGUCACAAGACAGAGUGAAACAGAAGAUCUUGUAUAGUUAUCCGCUGUGUAAAUAUUUUACUAGUAAGGUGGUUAGCAUAUUAUGCAUUAUCAUAUCAUAAUACAUACAUAGUAGUAGCUCAUUUACCAGUUUUAUUUCAAUUU